AUGAAGUGCCCCAGAGAGACAUACGAAGACGAGAGAAUCAAAGACUCCUCAGAUUUGUACGAGGGUAUCCCACAGGGCGACCUCAACAAAUUGGCGGCUAGAACUGAUACUUUCAUUUAUAGAGUUCUUAGUGAAAGCAUCGACACAAAGGCCCUUGAUAUGGUGCUUGCUCCAUGCCUGACUUCCCUCGAAAUGAUCAGGCAAUUAUAUGAAAUCGGAGAGAUGGACCAAGCGAGCAGGGAUUUAACUCAAUUGAAGGCUUUCCAGGAGAGUCUACAGGGCUUUAAAUAUUUUAAGCGCUACGAACAGAUCUACAAGGAUACGCCCGAAUGGCUCGAGAUCAUCAUUUGCACUCUCAAUCCGCUCAGAUACAAGGAUAGAGACUUAAGACGCAUGCUCAGGGCUCUCGAUACGGCCGCAUAUGAAAGGGAUGUUGAGGCUGCCCGUAAGAAAGCUGAAUUUCCUAGGUUCGAUGGAGCAGCCGCUCGAUUGCAUGUGGCUUUUCAUAGACGGAUCGCAGAUGAGAUUGAAUUGCAUCCCAAGGACGAGGUUAGACGAGUCAUCGAGAGACUCCAGGCUGAGAUUGACGACUUGAAGAAUGAAGCUGAGGAGCUCAAGAUCUCCAACCAGUCGUACAAGAAGAAGAAUGAGAUUUUGAGUAAGAAGAAUGAGUCUUUCGUCGACCAGUUGGCCAAUGCCAAGCACGAAAACGAUAUGAUUGGAGCUUUGUUGAAGAGAAAAGAGCGCAGAAUUACCGACUUGGAGGAGGAGUUCGAUGACGUCCACUCGUCCAAUGAGAAUCUCAAGCUCUCCAACAAAAACUUGAAGAUCAGAUGCGAUAACUUGCAAGAGUCACUGUCUCUCUCUACAGCCGAACACGAGCGUUUGAAGAUCGCCUACGACGCCUUGAUAGCUUCUCAGCAUGAAUACAAACGCCACUACCAGCAAGAGUUGGACGGCAUGUACCGCUUGUUUGAUAACUACAAGAAAGAGCUGGCUAGGACAAUCGAUGAUUUGUCUGCCAAGUUGGACAGCAACGACAAAGACUACGAUGCGUUGCUCGAGAGCCUCAUGUCCAAGCGGAAGCAAAUGGACAAUUUGAACGUGAACAAGACCAAGGCAAUUUUGCAGCUUUUAGUAGCUUUGGCAAAGGCUGCAAAGUCCCACGGCGAGGAGUCCAAGGAGAUCUUGCUGGAGAAUGUGCAAGUUAUUUCAUCUCUUGUGGAGAAGCAUCCAGACUUGCUGGGUAAAAUCAAGGAGCGUGAACAAGUCGAUGUUGAUAUUGACGCGCUUUUGCUGAAUGCCAGCGAAAGCUUGAACACCACCUUCAGCGACUUGGAUAUCGAAAGUGCGGGCCGUUCCUCAGGACAGCGCAAUGUGUCUCUGAGGAGAAGGAGAAACAACAAUAACAACAGCAACAAGAGAAAUCUGAUGCGGUUGGAAUCCCCAGACCUUGAAAACUCAUCCCCACUCCCCAAGCAGCGCUUCAACCUGGCCGGCGGAAGCCGUUCUUCGAGUUCUUCAGGUAACAACUCACACAACAGAUCUGGCAGCAGAGGCAACAGAAACUCACAACUUUUCCUUAAUGAGAAUUCCAAUCAGCCCACCUCCAACAAAAAUAAAAGAAGGCUGUUCUACGGUGGAAGCAGCAACUUCAAUAGCAGCAAUUUCAACAACGACAGAAAGCCGCUGAGAAAAAUAAGCUCCGAGCCUGCCAAAGCCUAG